AUUUUCAUUUUUAUUUGCUCCACUCUCAUUCUCACUCUUCUUCACACUUUACGCACUUAUACUCUUAUUUCCUCUUUCUAAUCAACUUUCACAGACCCUUCAUUACUAAAGAAAAAAAAAAAAAGAAAAAGAAGCCAUGAAGGCCAUUCUCAUUGAAAAGGCAUUGACUUCUGUUGAUCAGAUGGCUGUCCAAACUGUCCCUGACCCUGUUCUCAAGGAAGGUGAGAUCCUUAUUGAUGUCAAGGCUGCAGGUCUCAACUUUUUCGAUAUCUUGCAGGUUCAAGAAAAAUAUCAGGUGAAGCUGCCAUAUCCUUAUAUUCCUGGAGCGGAGUUUGCAGGAGUUAUUACUCAGAUCCAUCCUGAUGCAAAGACAUCUUACAAGGUCGGAGACCGCGUCUUUGGUUCGACUCAGGGCUGCUACACCGAGAAACUUGCAUGCGAUCCUAAGAGCUUACUCCCUAUUCCCGGUAACCUCUCAUUUGAGCAAGCCAGUGGUCUCUUCAUCACUUAUCCAACCAGCUACGCUGCAUUAGUGGAGCGUGCACAUCUUAAAGCCGGUGAAUGGUGUCUAGUUCACGCUGCAGCCGGCGGAGUAGGGCUAUGUGCAGUCCAGAUCGCCAAAGCUCUUGGUGCUAAGGUCAUUGCGACGGCAGGAUCGCAGGAUAAGCUUGAUAUUGCGCUCAAGAAUGGUGCUGACUAUGGUGUCAACUACAGGGAUAAGGACUGGUCUGCACAAGUGCUCAAACUCACUGGUGGCCAUGGCGCAGAUGUUAUUUAUGACCCUGUUGGCUUGAUCAAUGAAUCUCUUCGGUGCAGCGCAUGGUGUGCUCGUGUCUUGGUUGUGGGUUUUGCUGCAGGCACGAUCGAAAAGAUUCCUGCUAAUCGUAUCUUGCUCAAGAACAUAUCAGUUGUGGGUGUUCAUUGGGGGGCUUAUGCUAAAUAUGAUUUGGCUACCGUUGCCAAGGUCUGGAAGGAACUCUUGGAUCUAUUCGCAAAGGAGCAGUUAGUCCCUGUGGUCUAUGAGAAGGUCUAUCAGGGUUUGGAUUCUGUCAAAACGGGUCUGAAUGAUCUUGCUGCGAGAAAGACCUUUGGAAAAGCUGUUGUCUCUAUUAAAGGUAGUUCUCCUGUUAACAGCAAGCUUUAGGACCCUGGGUUUUUCCUCUCCUUUCUCACCACAUGAAACAAAGGUCUAUGUCUUCAGCCUGAAUAAAGAUGUCAAGAUAAAACACAUCAUGUCUAGCUUGGCACAACUCAAUUCAUCGUAUAGCCCGUUCCAUUUGGUCGCGAUCCCUUAUAUUUUUUGAAUACUCUUAAAUGUAUUGGCAGCCAAUUGACUCGCUUGUUAUUGCAAGUGGUGUGACUGGUCAUUAAAAUUAAUUUUGUAUCCACUAAUCUGUCGAACCAGCUUAAAGGAAUCUUUGCGC